AUGGCUAGAGAGCUGGAAGACAGAGCAAUCGUGCACGGAUCUGAUCCAAUGCUUGUGCUCUUGUUGAACAACUUCUCUAAGUUUUUAGAGGAUAUGAGAAAGCUAACGAUGCAACACCGUUCGUUUUCGGCUGAGGACACAUCUUGUGACAAAGAGAACGAGUUUGUUCGACCUAUAGAAAGAGAUGCUUCACAAAAGGAGAUCGAUAAUAGAAAUUCUACAGAAAGGAACGUUGUUGACUUUUCGGUCAACGGCGCCUCUAGUGACACAAAUAGCUGCGAGGAUACGGACAUAACUGAGGACACGCUCAUACCUGAGAAGGAGAACAAGGAAGAAGCAAAUCCAUUAGCGGCAAUGGCCACACGAGAGGAAGAAAUUCGGCGAAUUGAAGAAGCUGCAUAUAAUUUAACAGACAGUGUGGAAAUGCCUCGCGCUUCUGAACCAGCUGUGACGCUUGCUGACGAAGAAAGCUGUGAGUCAUUUCAUUUUGUUAUGCAGCACUAA